AACGACAAGUCAACAUAUUUACACUCCUAUAUAUACAGAGCAGCCAGAGAAUUAUUUUACCUGCUAACCUGCACGGCACAAGUAUCUGAAGAGGAGAAAAAAUCCCAAGUGACACCAUGAACAAGCUGUUGGUCAUUACUGUGCUUGUAGCUCUCCUGGCUAUCAAUGCUGAGAGCUUCCGUGUGGCUAGACAGGCGGAGGGAGAAAUUGCGAGUGAGUUCGAGCCAGAAGGAACCCACAGCGAGGUCGCAGAGGAAGGAACCCACAGCGAGGUCGCAGAGGAAGGAACCCACAGCGAGGUCGCAGAAGAAGGAACCCACAGCGAGGUCGCAGAGGAAGGAACCCUGAGCAAGAUCUCAACCUCUGUCAAGUCCUACUACGACAGCUCCAUCGAUACUGCCUCUGGAUAUCUGGACAGCCUCAGGGGGCUGAAACUGGAGGAGAAGGCCAAGAACCUUUAUGAAGACACCACCAGAGCCAUGAAGACCUACUCUGGCAUCCUGCAGGACCAAGUCUACCACAUCUUCUACCCCCAGCAGUAAAGACCCCCCCAAUUCCCCCUAUCCACCUACCACUCCCCAACAGCACCCUAGAUCGUCGUAACUCUCGGUUGAAUUUUUCAGUUGACCUAAACUCAGCCAUCCCCGCGACAUACAAAACAUUCUAGAACCAUUGUUUCAGAGAACCUGUCUAGAGCUCCACAGUAAGCCCAAGAGAGACUGGAAAAAGGAAACCUCUGAAUGUAAAACAGUAUUUAGAUGCAAAUGUCAGACCAAAGAGUGAAACAGCACAUAGCACCUUAUCAUCAGGAGCCUGUAGGUAUGCAUUAGUCUACAGGAGACUACUAUUGGAAGUCUGAGGAUAAGAAGGUGUUUGCAGUUACUGCAGCGCCCCCUGGUGUCCUUCCUCCGCCUCAUCAAGCAAUGGAUCUAGGACCUCAAGAAAAGAGUUUCAGAAAAGCAACAUAUUUAUGUCACAAUAAAAAACAAUAAAUAAUUUGUAGGAAA